UUUUCAUACUGUAACUAUGCCACUGCAAUUCCAGUCACUGCUGCUGAAGAAUUUAUAAACUUAGAUCAUGAUAUGUGCUCUGCAACUUUGGGUCAAUGUCCUUUGUUCAGUUUUUUCAUUCACAAAAUUAUGACUUCUUCCAAAUUAGGAAGAAUUCAGUUUGGCUUUGUGAUUUCUGAGCAGGAAUCCUCUUGCAUGAAAACUGUCUUGGCAAUUUUGCAUGAAAACAUUCUACCUUCUGAAUGUGUUCAAUCAGCCAUGUGGAUAUCUCUCUUCUCUCUCUUAAGUGAAGAAACCACUACAGUUAACUGGGACUUGAUUCUGUGGCACCCCCUUUUUCUUUUUUGGCCAUUUUUCUACGGCAGCCUGAGAGUUCCGUUCCCAUCUCUCUUGCCACACACAAUGGCUGAAAUAUCCUGAAAAAUGACUUUCCUUUCUUUUCUUUUCCUUCUCAGAAACUUGAAAAUAAUUCCUAUCAUGUUUUCACUCAUCAACAAAAAGUAAUUUGUGUCCUGUAAGUGAAAAUAUCAACAACGUGGGUCAGCUAUUGAGAGUUGAGGAGACCUUUUUUCUUUUAUGGCCCCUAGAACUAUUGUCCAUUGUUUUAUCCAUACUUUUUCGUGUAAAAUUAGUGCAUUUCUUAAGCAUUUCUGCUGUCAGGAAAUAGGGUUCUUCAAUACAACUGAUAUCAUGAUUCAUGACACAGUCAUUGGCAACACCCUCUCCUCUUAUUAGCUCACUUUCGGAUUUCGCCAAGUUUUCAAAUUACCAAUUUCAUCAGUUUUCGAAUGAGACUAGUUCCUGGUACUGAAUGCCCUUCUUUCAUGUGAUUAACCGCCGUAUUGGCAAUUUUUCGUAGGAGACCAUUUUGCCUUUGAAAUAUGCUGUAUGGGACUAUGGCAAACUCAUGAAUGAGGAAAGGCGUUUUCUGAGAACAACAACCUGCAGCCACCUCUUAAACUCGGCUUUAAGCAUGUUUUGAUCAUUCAACGACCAUUUGUUCCUACGAGAAGGAUUAUUACCAGCCUUUCUGAAACAACUAUGAAUGAGUUUGGUACUGAGAGAUCAAGGCCAUGGAACAUAUACACAAGUUCAGAUCCGAGUCCAUCUCAAGCAGUAGUCGAUAGGGAAACUCCCUGGAAAAGCUUCGGGGCGUCCAUGAAUGCCAUUUCUUUCGGCUUUGUUGCUACAGCCAUCUUGAUAUCAAUGUUUCUUAUCAUGGCCAUCUUUGAACACCUUUUUCGGCCGAAUCCUGGCUUUUCUUCACCUGAUCAAGUUACCGAGUCUGGAGAAGCAGAGAAACUCGGGAAUCCACAGAGAGUAUCGACAUCAUAUGCAUCUGAUUUCUCCGUAGUGAUGCCAGGAGAGCAAUACCCUACCUACAUUGCUCAACCUGCUCCCCUCCCUUGCUCAAGGGAAGGCAUCUAUUGGCCCUCCCAUGAACAUAAUUUUGUAUUUCCUUAAGCGUGUAGUCAUACAUAAAAACUCAAAGCAUCAUCCUAUGUAUAUUUUAUCAACGAUCAACCUUCCUCCCUUCUGAUACUCCAUUGUCCAAUGAAAUAUUGUUAUCUUGAAGCCGGUCUGCCGAGAAAACUACUCUUGUGCAGGAUGUAGUGCUUCAGCAGCUUAGUGAGUCCAAAAUCGACAGUCAGAUAAUGCCUCAACAAAUCUAUUUUUGAUUCGGCAAAUGACCAAUUCGAAAGGCCUAUAUUCCUAUGA